CACUCAAGGAUUGUUUAUGACGAAACUUUCUGUACGCCGCAGCCUUGUCUCGUUCCUACCAUACCUAAGUCACUCUUGUCAGUUUUCCACACCGAACCUAGGUUCUUUCCAGCUUCUUUCAUUUAUCAUUUUUGUUUUCUUCUUGCCCCUUCCAUUUGCCCUUACUCGUCGUUCCAGCAAUUGAUCUUGUUUUGUUUCAUCUUUAUUGAUUGAGCGUUCACCUCCUUUUCCUGGAGUACAAAAGGGAUCGAGAAAUAUAAGAGGUUUCCAUACACUGAAUUCCCCUUUGAGUCUUGGGAAGGAAAAUCGAGCUCUAUUGUGGUUGUCGGAUUAGUAGGAUGUGAACAGGCAACAUAAUGACACCACAGAACGAGAAAAGCUCUCUCAAACGUGGCAGGGCGAUAGCAGAUAACGAUUUGCAAUAUCUCAAAAAGCCUCGGCGCUCUGAGAGGAUCAAUUCCCGAAGCAUAUCACAAGCUUUAGACAGCCAGUCGUAUUUGCCCACCCCAUUGACUCAACGGGAAUCGACUGCUACCGACAGCGGAAAGGAGGCAACUGCCCCCCCAAACGGAUCUAGCCAGGUCUUGCAUAGACGUACGCCCUCUAAUUCGGAACCCUUGCACGCUAGUUCAUCACCCCCUGGUGAUACUCAAGCCCUUUCCCAGUUCGUUUACCCACCAAGAGCAUUUGCGGAUGAAGUCGAAGAUGAAGCCGCAGAGGGGGUCUGGGGUUAUCUAAUCCCCCUUGAUGAUAAGGUUCGACAUGCUCUAGUAUUGAGGAAACGCGGGAGUUGCGAAGAACGCACAAACACAGAACCCACGACUAAGGCUAGAAAAGGGGCCCCGAGAAAAAGUAAAGAUUCGGUACAUGAUCAAGGUCAUUUUCAGUCACCAGGCGGAUAUCUGAUAGGUCGUCACCACGAGUGCGACCUGGUGAUUAACAUUCCUACCGUGUCGAAUCGCCAUUUUUUGAUAUUCCCGGAGACUAGAAAGGGGGAUGCUGUCGCAAUUCUGGAGGAUCUUUCUAGCAAUGGUACAUUUGUCAACGAUGCAAUCGUGGGCCGAAACAAUCAUCGUGAACUUGAAGAUGGUGACGAAGUUACUAUCUUAGAUGAAGCACGUUUUGUUUUCAGAUACCCCCGGACGAGAGACACAAAUCGUUUCCUCCAACAAUACAGAGUUCUCCAACAGCUAGGGCAAGGUCACUUUGCCACAGUCUACCUUUGCAUAGAACGGGCUACAGGGACUCGAUAUGCUGUGAAAGUUUUUGAAAGGCGGUCUAGCGAUUCACAGCGCUCACAAACUGAUAUUCUCCAACAGGAAAUUGGCCUUUUGAUGGGAGUCAGUCAUCCAAAUCUGCUCUGUCUUAAGGACACAUUCGACGAGAGCGAUGGUGUAUACCUUGUUUUGGAGCUUGCCCCAGAAGGUGAACUAUUUAACCUUAUUGUUAGCAAAAGAAAACUCCCAGAGAAUGAGACCCGCCAUAUAUUUCUUCAACUUUUGGAAGGGCUAAAGUAUCUGCAUGACCGUGGUAUCGUUCACAGAGACAUAAAACCCGAAAACAUUCUUGUCACAGACAAGAAGUUGACCGUGAAACUUGGUGAUUUUGGACUAGCCAAGAUUAUUGGCGAGGAUUCAUUCACAACAUCAUUGUGCGGAACACCAAGCUAUGUUGCGCCAGAGAUUUUGGAAGAGUCACGCCACCGGAAGUACACAAAAGCUGUGGAUGUUUGGUCACUUGGGGUUGUUCUAUACAUAUGCCUUUGUGGAUUCCCCCCAUUUUCCGACGAACUGUUUACACCUGAUCGUCCCUACACUCUAGCACAACAGAUAAAGCAUGGGCACUUCGAUUAUCCAUCUCCAUAUUGGGAUGCUGUGGGCGAUCUGGCAUUGGACCUGAUAGACCGAAUGCUUACAACCAAUGUCGACGACCGAAUCACAGUGGAUGGAUGCUUGGAACACCCAUGGGUAACAGGAAACUACCCCACUGCAUCUGAUAGCACAGAUGGUUUGACUGGCGCCUUAGGGAAGUUGGACUUCUCAAAAAGGAAACUAUCACGCGAGAGAACACUUCUCAGCAACAUUAACAAUGUCCUAUACAGUGAACACGAGCAGGAAACGGGUGCUCCUGUUAAAGUUUUCCGCGGGAAUGAUGCCGGAAAGCGCGUGCAUAACUACCCGGCAAGUAUUACACAGGAGCGUGAAGCAUCCCCGAACGAAAACAGUGCUCCCAAAGACUUUCUCAAUCUUGGGACACGGGGUGAUCCAAUCUUGUUUGAUCACAAAGCGGCAAAUGGCCCUAAAUGAAAAAAGAGUGUCACACACACCUGCUGAUUUACUGAGGCCAUCGGUUUGAUAGGAACUGUGGGAAACAUGCUGUUAGGCCCGACCGAUCUGGACCCGUCACUGGUUGAAUGUGGCGCAUGUCACAUGUACUCGAGGACAUACAGAGUUGUCAAGUCAGUUAUCUUAUGCUUGCAAAAUAAGGGCCUGCUUCAAUUGCUAGGCAGUCAAAGAAUGAUGUAAGAUCAGUUAUUGAAUUUAGAAUAACGAAGAACGGACAAGAGGAUUAC